UAGCAGGAAAACGCAGAAGCUGUCAACACAGUUUUGGGACAGCCAAAGUUAUAUUUCGGUGAGAUAUUGUACGCGUUUACUCAAAUUAAAAGUGCAGCAGGUGUCGAACUUAUCUAGAAGUGAAAUGCCUGAAUCCUCAUCCAUCUUCUUCCUCUCGUUCCCCAGAAGAUGGCGCAGUGGGGCCAGCUCCAGAUGUUGGACUGUAAGUACCUGGAGCAGGUGGACCAGCUGUACGACGACUCCUUCCCCAUGGACAUCCGACAGUACCUGAGCAGGUGGAUCGAGAGCAUCGACUGGGACACGGUGGCGGAUCAGGACUCUUUGGCCACCGUGCGUUUCCACGACCUCCUCGCUCAGCUGGACGACCAACACAGCCGCUUCGCUUUAGAAAACAACUUCCUGCUGCAGCACAACAUCCGCAAGAUCAAGAGGAACCUGCAGGAUCGCUUCCAGGAAGACCCCAUCCACAUGGCCAUGAUCAUCUCCAAAAACCUGAAGGAGGAGAAGAAGAUCCUGGACGGGGCGAAGAACAGACAGGAUAUUCCUCUAACGUCAAUGCUAAGUGAAUAG